UCGUGAGACGAGUCCCACGAAUGCACAAGUCUCAAAACUUAUCCAAUUCAUAAUCUGACACCACCAAAUCUCAAGAUAAAAUUUUUACAAUUUGCUCUGAUAUCAUAAAAUCUCGAAAUACACUCUAGUUUACAGAAUCAUAAUAUGUAUCUAAAAUCUAUAUCAAAUUCCAGGUGACUAGCCUUCUAACUCGUCACUCCCCUCGGUUUCCCCCGUCCUCGGUAUCGCUUCCUGAAAUGGUGGACAAGGAAAACUAUGAGAUAACUCAGUAAGUAAUUAUGGAUAGCCCUCGGGUAAAACUUUUAGCAUGCCAGAUAAAUCAUGUAAAUAUAACAGAACUUUCACUGAUAAACCGUUAAUGCGGAAAUCAAAUUCGGUUCAAUAGCAAAACGUUCAAUGACAAAAUCGUCAAUGCAAAAUCAGAUUCAGUUCAAUAACAAAACGUUUCCUGACAAACCGUUAAUGCAAAGUCCCGUUCAGUUCAAUAACAGUGUUUCAUGACAAACCGUUCAUGCAGAAUAAAUCUCAUCAGUAGUCUCAUCUAUAAGUCAUGGCCAGUGUUAUAACAACCCACUGGCAGGCGACAGAAAUUUGCCAAUGUAUUCGCCCAGAAGCAGGCGUCAGAAUGAACAGGUCAUAUCAGUAAACAUGUCGACAUGUGCUAGCGUUACACCCACUAGCGGGGAUCGGAAGUGCUAGCGUUACACCCACUAGCGGGGAUCAGGGAUGCUACACACCCACUAGCGAGGAUCAGGAGUGCUAGUGCUACACCCACUAGCGGGAUCAAGGAUGCUACACACCCACUAGCGGGGAUCAGGAGUGCUAGCGCUACACCCACUAGCGGGGAUCAGGGAUGCUACACACCCACUAGCGGGGAUCAGAAGUGCUAGCGUUACACCCACUAGCGGGGAUCGGAUGUGCUACA